GGGGAGACACAAGUUAUGAGGGAGGCAGCCUCGGCAAGGGCCAGUCAUCUUUUUCUGCACCUCCAACGAGCCCCUUCAUCCUUCCUGUAUGGUGGAUAUUAUUUUCAGCUCUUCUUUCUUGGGUGAUAUGGGGGAUCAUUCCAAAAAGAAGCCAGGAUUCGCCAUGUGUGUGGGGUGUGGAAGUCAGAUCCACGACCAGUACAUCCUGAAGGUGUCCCCGGACCUGGAGUGGCAUGCAGCCUGCCUCAAGUGUGCAGAAUGCAGUCAGUACCUGGACGAGACCUGCACAUGCUUCGUCCGGGACGGAAAGACCUACUGCAAGAGAGAUUACGUCAGGCUUUUCGGGAUCAAAUGUGCAAAGUGCAAUUUGGGCUUCAGCAGCAGCGACCUGGUGAUGAGGGCCCGGGACCAUGUUUACCACAUCGAGUGUUUCCGCUGCUCCGUGUGCAGCAGGCAGCUGCUGCCCGGGGAUGAGUUCGCUCUGCGGGAAGACGAGCUCCUCUGCCGGGCCGACCACAGCCUGCUGCUGGACAGAGGCUCCGCCGGGAGCCCCAUCAGCCCGGGACACAACAUGCACUCCAGCAGAACCCUGCACCUGGCAGGUACACACCCGGUGACGGUCCGGCAGGCCCCGCACCGGAACCACGUGCACAAGCAGUCGGAGAAGACGACGCGCGUGCGCACGGUGCUGAACGAGAAGCAGCUGCACACGCUGCGCACGUGCUACAACGCCAACCCCAGGCCGGACGCGCUGAUGAAGGAGCAGCUGGUGGAGAUGACCGGCCUCAGCCCGCGGGUCAUCCGGGUGUGGUUCCAGAACAAGCGCUGCAAAGACAAGAAGAAGUCGCUGCUCAUCAAGCAGCUGCAGCAGCAACACAGUGAUAAGACUGUAAGCAUCUUCAACCUGCAGGGCCUGACGGGAACCCCUUUAGUGGCUGGAAGUCCAAUCCGACAUGAGAGCACCAUGCAGGGGAACCCAGUGGAGGUGCAGACGUACCAACCUCCAUGGAAGGCCCUCAGUGAGUUUGCACUGCAGAGUGACUUGGACCAGCCCGCCUUCCAACAACUGGUGUCUUUCUCUGAGUCCGGCUCUCUCGGCAACUCAUCCGGAAGUGACGUCACAUCCUUAUCCUCUCAGUUACCGGACACCCCCAACAGUAUGGUACCAAGUCCUGUGGAGACGUGAAACGGACUCCUCUCGUCUGACCUCUGACCUCUGCAAAUACAAUUGCAGCAUGCCCCCCCCUCCCCAACGCCCGCCCCCUCCUCCCCCCUUGCAUGUGACCAGCUCAUCCCACCAAUCAGAAGAUGGAAAGGAUUUUCUGAGGAAGACUGACGGAUGUUGCAUGAAGAAAGAUGUACAGAAGAUCAUGUUUUACCCUCCAAAGUGGAUAUACAAAAUAAUAUUCCAUCAGGGAACAAUUUGGGAACACUUCAUGGACUUCCUUCACAUUUUAUUGUGAUCUUUUUUGUUCGUGUCUUGUUUCCGCCACGUGAUCUCUCUCUCUCUCUCUCUUUUUUUUUUUUUUUUAAAACAAAUUAGACUCUCUGUCUUAAACCCCGAGC